AGACUUCAUUCAACAACUAUCAUAGGUGUGGAGAACACAAACAAGGUUAGACAAGGUGAACAUUGCACACGACAAACUUGCAACAAACAAUUUAGAUAUAGAAGAAUUGUCAUUUGAAUACAUCAAUAUUAAGAUCAGGAUAUAAAGAAGUUCACAAGUUGUAAUCAUGGCAGAGGCACACGCUGCGGUUGCCUUCUCUUUCUCAGUUACACCUGAUGGUGUCAAUGUUGCUGUUAAUCAUGAAGCAUUAUGGGCUGUAUUUCACAGUGGAGUUUUGUCAUGGAAUAGGAAAAUACAUAGAAUAAAGAAUAGUUUCCAUAAUGGCAUCUACCCAGCAUCAGCAAUGAGUUUACUAUUUACUAUAUCUAUAGUACUAGCAUUAUGUCUUGGUGGUUUUGAUGUAUCUUAUGGUUCUAUCAAAUAUAUUCAAACACAUUUUCCUGGAAUAUCCUAUGCAAAUGACACAGUGAAUUUUGUUAUCAGUUCUGUGAUAUUUUCUACUAUAUUGUGGAUCACUGUGAUAAAUGUAAUCAAAUACAUAUUACGAUUGUUAUUCAACUAUCAAAAUUGGAUGUAUGAAGUAAGAGGAAAGAAGGUAUCUUGGCAAACUAAACUCUGGGUUGUCUUAGUGAAGUCUUUUAGUGGGAGACAUCCAAAGUUAUAUAGUUAUCAAGCAUCACUACCUAAAUUACCAGUUCCAGGUGUUGAAGAUACCAUGAAUAGAUAUUUAUUAUCUGUAAGACCAUUGUUAGAUGAUGAGAAAUAUAAUAGAAUGAAAGGUUUAGCAGAAGAAUUUAAAAAUGGAAUUGGUAACAAACUACAAAGAUAUCUUAUUUUGAAAUCAUGGUGGGCCUCCAACUAUGUAUCUGAUUGGUGGGAGGAAUAUGUAUAUUUAAGAGGAAGAGCUCCCAUUAUGAUUAAUAGUAAUUUCUAUGGAAUAGAUGCUGUAUUUUUGAAACCCACACAUAGACCUCUAUCUCGAGCUGGUAAUAUUAUUUAUUCUAUGUUAAAGUUUAGACGAGAAGUUGAUAGAGAAGAAUUAGAACCUAUUAUUUUAAAUAAGACUGUUCCACUGUGUUCAUCACAAUAUGAAAGACAGUUUAAUACCACUAGAAUACCAGGUGUAGAAACAGAUCAACUUAUACAGUACCAUGAUAGCUCACAUAUAGCAGUUUAUCAUAAAGGAAGAUAUUAUAAAGUUUAUAUAAGAAAUAAAGGUGUAUUGUUAACACCUUGUGAAAUAGAAUACACAUUGCAGAAAAUAGUAGAUGAUGAUUCAGUACCUUCACCAGGAGAGAAAGAAUUAGCAGCUUUAACAGCUGGUGAACGAGUAGCAUGGGCUAAAGCUAGAGCUGAAUACUUCUCCAAAGGCAAAAACAAGGCUUCAUUACAUGCUAUAGAAAAGGCAGCUUUCUGUGUGACACUAGAUGAAGAUGCUCAAGAGUUUGAUCUAAAUGUUGAGGAGAAACCUGAAUUAUUAGAUGUUUAUGGUCAGGCUAUGUUACAUGGUAAAGGCUAUGAUAGAUGGUUUGAUAAAUCUUUUACAUUAGUUGUUUGUGCUAAUGGAAGAAUUGGUUUUAAUGCUGAACAUUCAUGGGCUGAUGCACCAAUUAUGGCUCAUUUAUGGGAAUAUGCCAUUUCUGAAGAUAAUCUUAUUUUAGGAUAUACUGAAGAUGGACAUUGUAAAGGUGAAUUAGGACCAACACCUCCACCUCACCCUAUAAGAUUAGAAUGGGACAUACCUAAACCAUGUCAAAGUAUAAUAGAAGAACAAUUACAAGUAGCCAAACAAUUAAUAAGUGAUGUUGAUUUACAUCUGAUGGUACAUACAGCUUUUGGUAAAGGUUUGAUUAAACAAUGUAAAGUUAGCCCUGAUGCUUUCUUACAAAUAGCUUUACAGUUAACAUAUUACAGGACUGCUGGUAAAUUCUGUUUAACGUAUGAAUCAUCAAUGACUAGGCUAUAUAGAGAAGGUAGAACUGAAACUGUUAGAUCCUGUACAGUAGAUUCGUGUGAAUUUGUUAAAUCUAUGGAUGAUCCUAACUGUACAAAUGAAGAACGUAUUGCUAAAUUUCAACGUGCAUCUGAAAGUCAUCAACAAGGCUAUCGUGAUGCUAUGACUGGUAAAGGAAUAGAUAGACAUCUGUUCUGUUUAUAUGUUGUUAGUAAAUAUCUUGGUGUAGAUUCACCAUUUUUAGCUGAAGUACUCAGUGAACCAUGGAGAUUAUCGACUAGUCAGACACCACAUACUCAAACUAAUCGUAUAGAUUUAGUUAAAUAUCCUAAACAGAUCUGUGCUGGAGGUGGAUUUGGUCCUGUAGCUGAUGAUGGAUAUGGUGUAUCCUAUAUAGUAGCUGGUGAAGAUACAUUAUUCUUUCAUAUUUCCAGUAAAAAAAGCUGUCCAACCACUAGUUCCAAGAAAUUCGGAGCUGGUAUAAAUAAAGCAUUACAAGAUUUAAAGAAUUUAUUUGGAAAGUAAUAUAGUAUAAUGUUGAAAUGAUGUAAACAGAAUGACGAGAAACUGUUGUGCUGACUAAUUUACCAACCUAAUCUGAUGUGUCCAAAUUAUUAAGUUUUCUGUUGAUUUUAAGUUUUUAUGUUUUGUUUUAGCCAUGAUUGAUUGUUUUCUACGGUUUUAGUUUUAGCCGGUGAUAUUAACACCAAUAAUUAAUAGCUAACAUUUUAUUUUUAUUAUUAUUCAAAUAACUAAUAUUAUUCUGAAGGCAUUUAUUUAUCUUUCUAUAAAGCCAUAUAUUGUUAUAAGAAUAUCAAUGCAAUUUUGAACAAUGCAAAUUUGGAGAAAAAAUUCCAAAUUGUAACAUGACCAAUUAAAAACCAGAAUAUUUUGUUUCAUCAUCUUGCCCAGUUAUCUGGUUUUUACCUCAAAAAUCCUUUUCUUUUCUUUUCUUCAUUUUAUGGAUUUAGUUGUUUUAUUUUUGAAUUGUAUAUAGAGAUGAUAUACAAAGAUAUUGUACAUUUUUUAUUUAUCAUAUUGAACUGAUAUGAAACAAACUUAAAAAUUCAUACUUUAAUUCAAAUAUUUCAUCUAAAUCUAAAAUUCUAACUCUUAUAGAACAAUUUUUAGACUAAGUUUAAAAACUUUGAAAUAACAAAUUAAAGCAUUAACAGUUUAUUGGAUAAAUAUUCCUAUCAAAAUUUCACAUUGACAUAGGCCUAUAAUUUAAUUUUUAUUGAUAUUUUGUUGGAUUGGCCCACAAUAAGGAGGAAAUUAGAGAUACACAGGCACAUACUCAGAUAAGUUUCAUGCUCAAACUGUCGUUCUCAUGUCAUAAUAAUUUUAGGUUAUUUUAGUUUUUAUAACAGUUUUUAAUUUUAAACAUAUAUUUGAUAGACCAAUAGUAUAGCCUGCUCUGGCAUUCCUAAUUUAAAUAUUGUGUGAUGUUUAAGUUUGAAUUUUAUCAUUAAAAAUAAUUAUUUAA